CUCUGUUUCAGGGAGACCUGGUGGGGCAGAUCCUUGGGCACCAUGCUGACGGAACUGGAGAGUGCCAUGAACUCCCUCAUUGACGUUUACCACAAGUACUCCCUGGAGAAGGGGAAUUACCAUGCCCUCUAUAGGGAUGACUUGAAGAAAUUGUUAGAGACAGAGUGUCCUCGGUACAUGAAGAAAAAGGAUGCCGAUACCUGGUUCAAAGAGUUGGAUAUCAAUAGUGAUGGUGCAAUUAACUUCGAGGAGUUCCUCAUACUCGUGAUAAAGGCUGGCGUGGACGCCCACAAAGAAAUCCACAAAGAGUAGCAGAGCCCUGGGCCCUGGGGCUGUCCCUGCAGAAUAAUAAAGUAGUUGAUACCUCA